CUCUGGGAUCUCAAUUCUCACACAACAUACUACACAAUUCACAAUCCCAACACCCAUUUUGGAGAAUCAGAAUCUAACUAGCCAAUAGCCAUGAAGAGACAGAGAGAGAACGAAGUAACAACGUUGGAAAGCUGGGACAUGCAAAUUUGUUCAACUUCAAUCACACCCGACACAAGUGUUUCCAGUUCCACCAUAUCUCCUGAAGAUGUAUUUGAGUGCAAAACGUGCAACCGCAAGUUCAACUCUUUUCAAGCGCUGGGUGGCCAUAGGGCUUGUCACAACAAGAGGGUGAAGAUGGAAGGUGAAGAACAACAACUCAAAACAAGGGCAAAAUAUCUGGGUUUGGGAAAACACAGUGAGCCCAAAAUGCAUAAUUGCUCCAUUUGUGGUCAAGGUUUCUCUCUGGGCCAGGCCUUGGGAGGACACAUGAGAAGACACAGAGCUUCGACCAACGAUGUUUUCUCUUCCAUAAACCAGGUUGUUGCAAAAGUUUCGGUUUUAAAAAGAUCGUGUAAUGACAAGGUUUUCUACUUGGACCUCAACUUAACUCCCCUCGAGAAUGACUUGAAAUUGUUGUUGUUCGGGAAAUUGUCACCCAAAGUUAAUCUUUCUUCCUUCUGAUCAUUUGUUUUUUUUUUCCCUUUCCUUUGACACAAUUUAUAAUCAUUCUUUCAAUUCUUUUACUAUGCAAAUGGUGGAUUCUUUUUUGCUUAGUUUGUCCUGUUAGCGUUUUUGUUUUUAUUGGUUCCUGCUGUUUUUCAGUUGAAUACGAGUAACGUGUAUCUGUGUGUA